UCCGCAUUCCGCAGCAGCAGCAGUCAUAUGACGCACCUGGACUGACUGCGUGUGGCGGUGCUGAGGGAAAGUGAGAGGGACAAACUUGGUCAUUUCUCACGUCGUGUCUUCUUUAUCGUCGUGUUUUUUUUCCUGUCACCAGUGGGUGAGAGUGGACGCAGGCUCCGGCUCCGUGAUGUUCGCCUCUGGUCUGCUGGUGUGUGUGUUCGCUCUGCACGGCUGCUGGGCUCAGUACGACCCGGAUGAGGUGAUAAACCUGCCCGGUUUGGGGUUCAAGCCCAACUUUCGACAGUGGUCCGGACACCUGCAGGCUGGACCGGGCAAGUUCCUCCAUUACUGGUUUGUGACGUCGCAGAGGAACCCUCUCAAAGAUCCCGUGGUGCUGUGGCUGAACGGAGGCCCGGGCUGCAGCUCGCUGGACGGAUUCCUGUCAGAAAACGGACCGUUUCAUGUGAAUGACGAUGGAGCCACACUGUACAACAAUACAUUCAGCUGGAACCAGAUUGCCAACAUAUUGUACCUGGAAUCACCUGCAGGAGUGGGAUAUUCCUACUCCGAUGACAAGGACUACACAACAAGUGACGAUCAGGUCGCCGAUGAUAAUUACAAAGCCCUGCAGAGUUUCUUCACAAAGUUCCCAAAUUUCACACAAAACGACUUCUUCAUCUUUGGAGAAAGCUACGGUGGAAUCUACGCGCCGACGCUCAGCCUGCGAGUCGCAACUGGACCUUUAAAGAUCCACUUCAAGGGUUUCGCAGUGGGAAAUGGAAUCAGCAGCUUCCGUCUCAACGACCAAAGUCUCAUCUACUUUGGCUAUUAUCACGGCCUCUUUGGAGAAGACCUGUGGCAUGACCUGACCACUGCGUGCUGUGACAAGGGGAACUGUGACUUCUAUAACUCCAGCUCAGAGAGCUGCCAGACGAUGGUGUCCGUGGCCUUUAACAUCGUGUACGAGAGCGGACUGAACGAGUACGCUCUCUACCUGGACUGUGAGGGUCGAGGCCGAUUCCACCGAGGCUACGAGAGAACCAUGACUCAUCUGUUUAAGAACUACAGGGAACGUGGACACGUCCACAAAAUCCACAAAGUUUCAGACCGAGUGGCCGUGGGUGAAGUUCCUCCCUGCAUCAACAGCACAGCACAGAAGAACUGGCUGAACCGAGGCGACGUGAGGAAAGCUCUGCACAUCCCAGACACGCUGCCUCCAUGGGACAUCUGCAGCGACGACGUGGGAGGAAAUUACACCACCCAGUACUUCUCCAUGAAGGACUUUUAUCUGAAGCUGCUCUCUAUGGGCGUGAGGGCGCUCGUCUAUAACGGAGACACUGACAUGGCCUGCAACUUCCUGGGAAACCAGUGGUUUGUCGAAGACCUUGGCCUGAAGACGACCGCGGAGUAUCAGAGGUGGAUUCAUGACGACCAGGUCGCUGGUUUCUACCAACGGUUUGGAAACGUAACCUUCCUCACGAUCAAGGGUGCUGGUCACAUGGUUCCUCAGUGGGCUCCAGGUCCAGCCUUCCACAUGUUCCAGUCCUUCAUAACAAAUACGUCCUACUGAGCCACAGUGGACACGAAUUCGUCUCCUGUCCGUCUGUAAACCUGCGGCCCUGUUUUCAGAGAGCAGGUUUAACCACCUCUGACUUGAUGAAUCCUGACCUGAGAGGGUGGUCUGAGAAUGUUGACCUGUUAAACUGAGAGGAAGCCGUUGCUGUGACCGAGGCAGAGUUUAAGAAAUCUGGUCCUGCGUCAGGAAUCAUCAUCAUCAUCAUCAAGACUUUUAAUUUACUCUCUGAAAACAAGGCCCUUGAUUGUUUGUUUUUAUGUUUUUCUCAGGGAGGAUCAGUGAAGAGGGAAAAUGUCUGUAAAUGCACUUCUUCUCAUGAUCAAUGUUACUGCUGUUCAAUCGCACUAGAUAUCUGAACAUUUACAUUUUAAAACGCUGUGAAUUCUGUCAAAAUAAAUAAAAGUGACGAUGCACCGAUAUUGUGUGAUUAUCUAGGGCAGUUACACAUUUUUCCCCACUGUUAUUUUGUGGCAGGAAAAACUAACCGUUUUAAAAUACUAGGGAUGAGUCGAUACGACUGAUGUCGGUAGGAUACUUGGGUUUGUGAUAUCGGUAUUGUUCUUUGACACAAUAUCAAGCCACUCCUACUUUUCAGCAUUCACACAAUCUUCAAAUCAAAUUCAGUCAUACAAAUUUAUGAAGGAACAUUUCAUCUGGUUUUUGGUACGGCCAAUGAAAUUGGUGCUUCUUUGUGGGAAAACGGGUCCCCAUGCUUAAGUUUACAUCUGUCUCUUAAUCACAUUGACUCGGAGCGGUCACGUGACAGGCUUCAAACUCGGCAGGUGACUUGCUUACUAAGUGGUUUUGGACUGUCAAUACAAGGGAUAUUGGUAGAAAUGUGACAGUUUGGGAUGGUAAAGCCGUGGGUCAGGCUUGUGUUUUUGCUUUACUUGGUUUGCGGGGUGUGGCCACAUGAUGUUGUACCAAUACGACGACAACAUCAGUGGAGGACAUCCACCAGUCUUCUUUUUCUGCCUUGUAUGAGAAUAUAAAUUGUUGAAAAUUAAUUGUAAAAUUAAGGAAUCUCUGUUUAUGCUGCAUCAAUGACAUUUUAUGUAAAAGCUACCUGUAAGCAAUGCUAACUCAUGCGAUAAAUACAAGGUGAUUAUGUCGAACAAACUCACAAAAAAAAUUCAGUCUUGAUUUAAAAACUGUAAUUUCACUUGGCGUUUUUUAUUAUUAUUAAAUGCUAUUUUUGAACACA